UUGAAAACCGUGUGUGCGUCCACAAGACAUUUGUGACGUGGGGUUUUCUCAAUAUUUUCUAUCGAAACUCCACAAUAAUGCCUGGUGUCUAGAGCAUGGAGGAGAGACUCAAGUAUUCCCUGUUGCGGGAUGCAACUGACAAUCAAAAUGUCUGGUCCAGGCAGGAGAAGAGGCUGUGGUUUUGCACGCUGAUCCUGGGCACCACGACGCUCUACUCCACACGAACAACGAUGCCACUGCUGGUGCCGGCGGUGGCUAGUGAGAGGAAGUGGAACAAGACAGACUCCGGCACAAUCCUGAGCUCCUUCUUUUGGGGCUACACGCUGACUCAGGUUCUGGGCGGAUACUUCAGCGACCGCAUUGGGGGACAGAGAGUGAUGCUGGCGGCGGCGAUUGGCUGGUCUCUGAUCACCUUCUGGAUGCCAAAUAUCAUCCUGAUGGCGCCGAAAUCCAUCUCAUGGGGCAUUCCCUUUAUUGUGGUUGUGCGAAUCAUCAAUGGAGCAUGCCAGGGAGUUCAUUUCCCCAGCAUGAUCAGCAUCACUAGUCAGAACCUCUGCUCGAGUGAGCGCGCCAGCUUCUUCAGCAUGCUGACGUGCGGAUCGGCCUUCGGGACUCUUCUCACGGGCAUUCUAGGCUCCGUAAUUCUUGACUACUUCGGGUGGCCUUCAGUUUUCCGUGUAAUCGGCUUCCUGGGACUCGUGUGGACACUAUUCCUGCGCUACUACACAAUGUCAUCGGACCGAAGUCGCGUGGUGAACGUCCAGUGUCCUAAGUUAGCCCAUCACGAGUCUGCUGUGCCAUGGUUGCGUUUCCUGAGGCGCUCCUCCCUCUGGGCCUGCGUGAUCGCCCACGCGUGCGAGAUGAACUGCUUCUUCGUGAUACUUUCCUGGCUGCCCACCUACUUUCACGACUCCUUUCCCACGGCCAAAGGGUGGCUGGUGAAUAUGAUUUGGUUCGCGCUGCCGCCCUGCACUGUUCUGGGCAAGGUGCUCACGGACGCCCUGGUGGCACGCAACUGGUCCCUCACUGCCGUCCGGAAGAUUGUCCAGAGCGUGUGCUUCGCCAGUCAGAAUCUCGCCCUGCUGCUCAUGUGCCACGCCACAGACUUCAGCGUUCACAUCAUUUGCAUGACGAUCAUCAUCGGCGGAUCGGGCUUCCACAACAAUGGCGUCACCGUGAACCCGCAAGACCUCUCGCCAACGUACUCAGGCAGCGUGUUUGGCCUUAUGAAUACCAUGGGCGCUGUGCCGGGUUUCUUGGGAGUCUACCUGGCCGGCUACAUACUGGAGCUGACGCAGAGCUGGACGGUGGUCUUUACCACUUGCAUCGUCAUCAACUUCUUCGGCUGGAUUGUGUUCACACUGUUCGGAUCGGCUGAUGUGAUUCAAUAGCAUUCCUCCACAUGUGGAGACUUUUACUGAACGGGACGCCUAAAGACGACUCAGCGUGGGAUUUAGACAUUGCCAAAUCUCAGCCUCGAUCUGGGUGAGUUGCUAGUCUUGGUUUUACAUCGAAUUUAGGGGGGGAUGUUAUGCUCAAUUAAUCCCAGUAGUGUCCCUUAUAGGAGACCUUGUUUAAUAUUGCUGAAUUUUAGAUUUAGAAAUGAAAAAAACACUAUUCUUACCUUUAUUUGGAAUUGAAAAUCCAUUUUUCCUCCUUUCUCGAUGAUUUCCUGUUCAUUUCAAUACUUAAAACACUUAGAACUUAGUGGAAUUGCAAAGUGAAAACCUUUCCAAGACUAGACAUAGACUCACCUCUGAUGACACUGCUCGAGAAUUUGGCCAUCCGGCCGAUGACAUGUGAUCUAUAGCAAAUCACAGCACUGUAUUGAUAGCAUAGAUGUUAAUAAGUCAAUUACCUAUUCCCAAAAAGCAGAAACUAAAGAAGAAUGCACUCUUCUACUGGAUAAUGUUUAAUCCUAUGACAAAAAGUGGGAACAUUGUGUGGAAGAUAUUCGAGAUGUUACUUGUUGUAAUAAAUAUUGUAAAAAAAAAUCACUAGAUUCGGAGCGUCUGGCUAGACUACAGACGAAUGCGGAAGGAGCUGUAAAUAGAUAAGAUCACCAUUAGAUAGUCUAAUAAAGGCAAUUAUGAUGA